GGCGGCCGGCGGUGGAACCGCAGCUGAAGACGACGGGGCUGCGUCCAUCUUCGUCUCGAUUCCUCUUCUUCAGCUCAACCAUCUAACACGCACUGUUUGGUUGGGUGCAAGGCUCCGUGUAAAUGGCGUCUAACGAUUACUCCCAAACAUCUAGCCAGGGCUACACGUCCUAUAGCGGAGGUGGCGGUGCUAACCAGGGCUACAGUCAGUCAUCUGGACCGGGUUACAAUCAGCAGGGCUACGGAGGCUACAACCAGAGCUCGGACAGCAGCCCCGGCUCCUACAGCCAGGGGGGCUACGGCGGCUACAGCCACCCCCAGUCAGGUGGUUAUGGGUCUCCACCCUCGAACCAGGGAGGUGGUGGUGGUGGGUAUGGCCAUUCCAGUCAGUCCUACGGCUCCGGAGGCUACAGCAGCAGCAACCAGCCAUCCAACAUGAACUACAGCCAGCAGUCAUCAUUCUCUGGUUACAACCAGCAGCAGCCGCCUCCUUCAUCAUCUGCAGGCUAUGAAGGUAACUCUCCACCUCCCGGCUACAACCAGCCACCGAGCGGUGGACCGAGUGGGGCCGGUUUUGGCAGCAGCGGAGGGCAACCUGGUGGAGGCUACGGGGGCAGCGGGAGCCACUCUCAGCCUCCUCAGCACGGAGGAGGUCACUACAACCAACCGCCAAGCUACAGCACUCCACCUCCACCAAGCUACAGCCAGCAGAGUCAGUACGGGCAGAGUGGAGGAUAUGGAGGCGACAGCCCGCCAAUGAGUGGGGGAGGAGGAGGCUAUGGAGGACCUGAUGGAGGUUACGGAAGUCAGGAAGGCCGUGGUGGCAGGGGCCGCGGCGGGGGCGGAUUUGGAGGCCGCGGUGGCGGCGGAUAUGAUCGCGGUUUUGACCGAGGUGGCCGAGGUGGUCCGAGAGGAAGAGGAGGCAUGGGCAUGGGCGAUCGUGGAGGAUUCAAUAAGUUUGGUGGACCAAGAGACCCAGGACACGGACAUGGAGGACCCAGUUUCAUGCAGGACCAGGAUAACUCUGAUAACAACACCAUCUUUGUGCAAGGCCUGGGAGACGACUACACUGUUGAAUCAGUGGCUGACUUUUUUAAGCAGAUUGGGAUCAUUAAGGUUAACAAGAAGACCGGCCUGCCCAUGAUCAACCUGUACACAGACAGAGAGACUGGUAAGCUGAAGGGCGAGGCCACAGUUUCCUUCGACGACCCCCCCUCAGCCAAAGCCGCCAUUGAGUGGUUUGAUGGUAAAGACUUUAAUGGAAACCCAAUCAAGGUGUCCUUUGCCACCCGCAGAGCUGACUUUGGAGGUCGAGGUGGCAUGAGGGGAGGGCGAGGGCGAGGAGGUCCGAUGGGCCGUGGAGGAUUUGGAGGUGGUCGAGGUGGAGGUUUCCCAGGAGGCAAUGGUGGCAAUGGAGGAGGAGGAGGAGGAGGAGGAGGAGGAGGAAGUGGAGGAGGACAGCAGAGAGCCGGAGACUGGAAGUGUUCAAACCCUAACUGUGGGAACUUGAACUUUUCGUGGCGUAACGAGUGUAACCAGUGCAAGGCUCCGAAACCUGAAGAUGCUGGAGGGAUGUCCCCCAUGGAGAGAGGAGGUUUCGGUGGAGGAGGAGGAGGAGGAGGAGGAGGAGACCGCAGAGGAGGCUUUGAUCGGGGUGGGUUCAGGGGCAGAGGCGGUGACCGCGGUGGCGGCGGCUUCAGAGGUGGCCGAGGAGGAGACCGGGGAGGAUUCGGCCCCGGCAAGAUGGACGUGAGGGGUGACCGCAGGCAGGAGAGGCGGGGCCGUCCCUAUUAGACCGUCCUCCGAGGACAAACCCUCCACCCUUCCUCAUCAGAACGAAGACCAGUGUGUGCACAGGUGUCCGUGCUGGACCCAGUCUACCCCACCCCCCCUUACCUUUAUAUCACUGCUGACUCCAAGUGUGACUCUCCCUGUUUUUGUGUUUGUUCUCGUGAUUCAUUUUGUCCGUCCUCAUCGGGGCCUCAUUGACUAAAACAAGCUUCAAAUCAACAUUUUAAGCAUCAAACUUUAUAUCUGUCCAACUCACUGGGAUCAUCACUGGAAACCGCUCUGUAACUUAAAUCUGCUCAUUUCCAGCUCCACGUUUUCACCAUUGGACUCUAUUAGAGUAGCUUUGCAUGAUUCACAGCUCCAAAAAUCCCCUUAAUGUCAUAGUGAGCCACGUGGGAGCCCCUCAGUUCAUUCUCUGAAACAAGCUGUUUUAGCCCCUCCCCCUUUCUGAGCAGAUGGGUGUGGCCAUAUUAGGUAUGUCCAAGAGCAGAAAGUCUGCAGGAAGUGAGUGUUUGGAUUACUGUGCCCACUCUGAGCUCAUCAUUAAAAACUCUGGUCGUGUUUCGUUGCUCAGAUUUGGUGGCAAAAAGCUUUUAAAAACAUUUUCAUUCUGUCUCAAAAUUAAACUGAUAUUAGUGACCUAACCUCUGAUUAUAUUUCUCUCCUUUUUACCUUAAAAUGUAAAACAAACCUUAUCAAAUUAGUGGAAAUUAAUUUUUUGCUGGUCAUCUUCAGUCUUUAUUUCCUGAAAGCAGAACAUCUGAACAUCAGUCAAAACUAUUGAUGCGCCCAAAUAUGGCUCAUGUUUUAUUUGUUGUCUCAUUUUACAAAAAAAAAAAAUAUAUAUACUGUGAUGAGCUAAAAAAAAAUUCCUGGCACAGAGAGGUGAAAAAACUGCAAAAAUGGAACAAAUUUGGGGCAUUUCAAGAGGAAACGUGUCCACAGAGUGAGCAGGUUCAGAGCUGUUUCUGGUGUUCUGAUCCCUCCUGGUGAACGCAGCACCUCCUCAUGAGAUCCACCAGGUUCAGUGAAGAACAGCUCAGCCUGAGCAGGUGCAGCAUUAACACACAGAUGCUGUGUCUGAGUUUGACUGCUGCAGGAUUAAAACGUGUGCUCAGUGAUUUCUGUGACACUUUGCUCCUCAUCAGGAGUUUAUUGGACUCGUGUCACACCUGCACACUGAUCAUGAUGGAAACCUAGCCCUGGCUCUGCAGCUGUAUUUAUGAACUUUUCUAUUUAUUACUCGUGUUUUUUGUAUUGUGCUUGUGCAGCUUUUCCAAAUUAAAGUGUUGACAAACUA